CACCCACUAAUAAAUAUAAAAUGAAAAACUUUAUUACCGAAUGUAUUAUUUAUUUAAAAAAAAAUCUCUGAAUUCACCUUCUGCUUAGACACACAUGCUGUCUCUAAGAAAUCUCUCCGCCUCUCUAGAUCCAUUCCUCUCUCAAUCAAUCAGACAAGUCCUUGGGUCUUGAGAUUCAUGGGCUCUAUGUUCUCCACUGUAAUGAUUAAUGCCUGAAACCCUCUUCUUGAUCUGGGCACAUGUUGCAACUUGAGGAGAAAAAAAAAUCAUUACUUUCUUUCUGGGUUACAGUGUUCUCAUAGUUCUAGGGUUUACUUGGAGUGAUGAGUUGUUAAAGGAGACUUUUUGAUUCUAUUAUAUCAAUUUUGGGUAAAAAUUGAGAGAUGGGUUGUGUUUGGUGUAAGCCUUCUGCUAUAGAAGAUAGUCCAAAGGAGAGACUUUCAAGCAAACCCUCCUCUGAGUAUAGAGUUUCAAGACCAGUUAGUUCUUCUUCUAGAAGAGAAGAGUCUGUUAGGACAAAGGAACGGUCUGAUGUUGUUAGUGUAGUAAGACCAGUGUUGAGUAAUAGUAGUAGAAGAGAGAAGAAGUUAGAGAAUGUUGCUGCAACUCCACACUUUCCAAUAGCAAAAGCAGCUGAAGGAGAGUAUGUAGCUGCAGGCUGGCCUCCUUGGUUGGCUUCUGUAGCUGGAGAAGCUAUCAAAGGAUGGGUUCCACGCCGUGCUGAUUCUUUCGAGAAGCUGGACAAAAUAGGUCAGGGUACUUAUAGUAAUGUGUACAGAGCUAGAGACCUGAAUCAGAAGAAGAUUGUGGCUUUGAAGAAAGUUAGGUUUGAUAACCUGGAGCCUGAGAGUGUGCGGUUUAUGGCAAGAGAGAUCCAGAUACUACGCCGGCUUGAUCAUCCCAACAUCAUAAAGCUAGAAGGCUUAGUGACAUCAAGAAUGUCUUGCAGCUUGUACCUCGUCUUCGAGUACAUGGAACAUGACUUAGCUGGACUAGCCUCGCAUCCCUCAGUUAAAUUCUCUGAAUCACAGGUUAAAUGCUACCUGCAGCAACUGUUAAGUGGACUAGACCAUUGUCACAGCCGCGGUGUGCUUCACAGGGACAUAAAAGGAUCGAACCUUUUGAUAGAUAACAGUGGAGUUUUGAAGAUUGCUGAUUUCGGCUUAGCUAGUUUCUUUGAUCCUCGUCAAACUCAGCCUUUGACUAGCCGUGUUGUCACUCUUUGGUACCGCCCGCCUGAGCUUUUGCUCGGAGCUACUCGGUAUGGAGCAGCUGUUGAUUUGUGGAGUACAGGUUGCAUUCUUGCUGAGCUGUAUGCAGGCAAGCCUAUCAUGCCUGGUAGAACCGAGGUUGAACAGUUGCACAAGAUUUUCAAGCUAUGUGGCUCACCUUCCGAGGAGUAUUGGGUUAAAUCAAGGUUGCCUCAUGCAACGAUUUUCAAGCCUACGCAGCCGUAUAAACGCGUGGUUGAUGAAACGUUCAAGGAGUUUCCUCAGCCAGCUUUAUCCCUUCUUGAAACUCUGCUUUCAGUCAAUCCAGACGACCGUGGAACCGCCAUUUCAGCCCUCCAGAGUGAGUUCUUUUCCACUAGACCUCUUCCGUGUGAUCCUUCAAGCUUGCCUAAAUAUCCUCCCAGCAAAGAGCUUGAUGCGAGGAUGCGUGAUGAAGAAAGCAGAAGACAAGGUGGAGGAAACAGGGAACAAAGACACCAAGAAAGGAGAGGGACUAAGGAAUCUCGAGCCAUCCCUGCCCCUGAAGCAAAUGCAGAGCUGGUUACAUCAAUGCAGAAAAGGCAGAGCCAGUCUACUACUAAUAGAAGCAGAAGCGAGAAGUUCAAUCCACAUCCUGAAGAAGUUGCAUCUGGCUUCCCAAUCGAUCCACCAAGGACAUCAUCACAAGCAUUUGAACCAAACAGAGAAUCUCAGGGCAACAUUGUUCUUCCUCACAAGAGAGCUUCACAUUCAGGUCCUCUGACGCGUAGAUCUGCUUCUGCAAAGGGUAGAAGGAACUACCAAGAUCCUCAGAAAGUUUCAUCCGUAGCUGCUGAUUACUCGGCGACAAGAACAGGUGGAUCACAACAAGAGACAGGCAGAGGAAUGAGUCGGCUUCUUCCAGGUUCCUUCAAGGAAACCUCUGAAGAAGCAAACCAAGAAGAGGAUGGUAGAAGCAACAAGAAAGAACCAAUUCUUUUGGGUUAUGGAUCAAAAGGGCAUAAGAUUCAUUAUUCAGGACCGUUGGUGGUCCCAUCAGGAAACAUGGAUCAGGUGUUGAAAGACCAUGACCGACAUAUUCAAGAAGCUGUGAGAAGAGCAAGAAUCGAUAAGGCUAGAGUUAGGAAACAUCAAGCUGAUGAAGAAUCGAGCCAACAAGUAUCAACCAACCAUCCUUCGUCUGUUUCUAGCCGUUGACUAUCUCAGAGGCAAGAGCAUAUGAAUAUAUGUUCAAAACCAAAAACUCAUCUGCCUAAACCUUUUUAACACGUCCUAUUUUGAGUGAAAAUAAUGUAUUUUUAUUUAUUCAAGAUUAUAUAUAUAUUAUAGAAUCAAAUAUUCAAAUC